GAGCAAAGCAACAAAUAGAAAGCCGGCGAAUGCCCUUCUUUCUUCGUGAGAUAAAGAAUCAAAAGACGAUGUGGUGCGUUUUUUUACCAUUUUCAGAAAGUAGACGAUUGCACGUAAAGAACCCUCGCUAACAGACUCGGCUGUCGUGUCACUUGGAGACGAAGUGAAGGGCACGUGUGCGCUUCAGAUUCCCAUGAAUAAAAAAAAGUGACGUCCGUAGUCGUACAUGCAUUAACGGCCAAAGGAAAAGCAAUCCAAUUCUAAUGAGCACAGAAACGAUGAUAUUUGCGGCUCGGCAGUUAUUUUCUCUUUCCACCGUAUUGCUUAGGUCGAAAGACAGAUUGAAUGCUGUGCGUUUUGAGUCAAGAAGACAAAAGAGCAAAGGAGAUUUCUUUCGGCAGCAUGAAAAUGAAGGACCAUGAGGCAGCGUUUUUGUGCUGUUCUUUUUCCCUUUCAAGUUAGGCACGCUGAUAAUCUGUUCAAGACUCAGUAAAAUUCUUUCACGUUUGUGUAUCUCUCCGCAUGCGUGGCGUUCUCCUUUGGCGCGAUCACUACCCUGCUUUGAGCUUCAUCACGCCUUUCCUCUCUUUUUUCUUCCCCCAGAUUUCUCUAUUCUUCUUUGUCCUGUUUUGAUCUGACUUUUCUUGUUACCUUCCCAACAACACCGACGAAGAAAAACUGUGCGACACUUCUUUUUACGCGAUCCUGUUUAUGCGCUAGACCGUAGGAAGCGUCGCCAGAUUCCGUGAGCGGAGAGAACCACCCAAAUUCGCUUUCCGACUCAGCAUGCAUCGCUCCGUUUUGUUUUCGUUUCUUUUCCCAUGCGCUGAACUUCAACAUUCAUAAUAAUCAUCGUAAUUAAAACACACAUACUAAUGCUUCGCGCGCGGUGUGUCCGCCUCUCCCCGGUGGGGCACAAUCUGACACUCUCCAUCUACCACUCUUCACCAAUCUACCGCGCCAACCGCAUCAUCUGCACCGUCGGUCCCAGCACCCAACAUGUGGUGGCGCUAAAACAGCUGAUGACAAGCGGCAUGUCCGUGGCGCGCAUGAACUUCUCGCACGGCUCGCACGAGUACCACCAGACGACCAUCAACAACGUGCGCCAGGCCGCCGCGGAGCUGGGCGUGCACGUGGCGAUCGCGCUGGACACGAAGGGGCCGGAGAUCCGCACGGGCCUGUUCGUGGGCGGGGAGGCGGUGAUGGAGCAGGGCGCGGUGUGCUACGUGACGACGGACCCGGCGUUCGCGGACAAGGGCACGAAGGACAAGUUCUACAUCGACUACCCGAACCUGCCGAAGGUGGUGCGUCCCGGCGGCUACAUCUACAUCGACGACGGCAUCCUGAUCCUGCACGUGCUGAGCCACGAGGACGACCUGACGCUGAAGUGCACGGUGGCGAACGCGCACACGAUCGCCGACCGGCGCGGCGUGAACCUGCCCGGGUGCAACGUGGACCUGCCGGCUGUGUCGGAGAAGGACCGCGGCGAUCUGCAGUUCGGCGUGGAGCAGGGCGUGGACAUGAUCUUCGCGUCCUUCAUCCGCAGCGCGGACCAGGUGGAGGAGGUGCGCAAGGCACUUGGGCCGAACGGCCGCGACAUCAUGAUCAUCUGCAAGAUCGAGAACCACCAGGGUGUGCAGGACAUCGACGCGAUCAUCCACCAGAGCGACGGCAUCAUGGUGGCGCGUGGCGACCUUGGCGUGGAGAUCCCGGCGGAGAAGGUGGUUGUGGCGCAGAAGAUCCUGAUCAGCAAGUGCAACGUUGCGGGCAAGCCUGUGAUCUGCGCGACGCAGAUGCUGGAGAGCAUGACGUUCAACCCGCGGCCGACGCGUGCGGAGGUGUCGGACGUGGCCAAUGCGGUGUUCAACGGUGCGGACUGCGUGAUGCUGUCGGGCGAGACGGCGAAGGGCAAGUACCCGAAUGAGGUGGUGCAGUACAUGGCGCGCAUCUGCCUCGAGGCGCAGAGCGCCAUGAACGAGUACGUGUUCUUCAACAGCAUCAAGAAGCUGCAGACGAUCCCGAUGAGCGCGGAGGAGGCCGUUUGCAGCAGUGCCGUGAACUCCGUGUACGAGACGAAGGCGAAGGUGAUGGUGGUGCUGAGCAACACCGGCCGCAGCGCUCGUCUGGUGGCGAAGUACCGGCCGAACUGCCCGAUUGUGUGCGUAACGACGCGCCUGCAGACGUGCCGCCAGCUGAACGUCACGCAGAGCGUGGAGAGCGUCUUCUUCGACGCCGACAAGCUCGGCCACGAUGAGGGCAAGGAAGACCGUGUUUCGUUGGGUGUAGCGUACGCGAAAAGGAAGGGGUAUGUGGGGACUGGGCAACUGAUUGUUGUCCUGACUUCUGCCCACGUAGAGCCUGAUCGCACCGGGGGCUUCACCAUCGUAAGGGCCGAAUAG